AGGCAGCAGCUUCCAAAGCUGUUAACUACAUAUAAGUACCCUGAAAAUCCAUUCAUAUAUGUUAAACAUAUACGAAAAAUAUAUAACUCGCGAACCCAGUUCGUUUCGUUUAUUCAACGAUCCUUUUUCCCAUAUAGUUAUCUGUUUCUCAACUAAAAAUAUAUCUUAUAAGUAGUGGUUAUAAAGCUCAUAAUCUCUAUAUUAUAUUAAAAUUUAAAGUAUAUCGUUAAGCAACACUUCAAAUAAGACUAGAAAUAUCAAAACUAGAAGUUAGCGAAAAUGUCAAAGCUAACUUUGGACGGCUUUUUUUCGUACUGCAAGCAAAUAGCUGAACAUAUCCAGUUGGGCGAGAGGAUGGCGUCCCUGUCCGGUCAGAGUACACCCAAGCUGACUUCGGCUGUCGGCAACUUGUACUACGACUCCAUCUUGCCGUACCGUGAAGACGCGAACGCGCAGACGCGGGAGUUCCUGGCGCGCGUCGUUGACGUCCUGCUGGAUUACGUGCAGCAGGUGAACGACAGGAAUGAGAAGAUCUUGGACUUCAAGAUGCCAGAAGAGAUGGAGAAGAUGCUGGACCUGCAGCUGCCAGAGAACCCGCUCCCGCUGAAGCAGCUGCUCGAGGACUGCAAGAUCACGCUCAAGAACCAGGUCAAGACAGGUCACCCGCACUUCUUCAACCAACUGUCGUGCGGGCUGGACAUCAUCUCUCUGGCGGGCGAAUGGUUGACCGCCGCAGCCAAUACCAACAUGUUCACUUAUGAGAUCGCCCCUGUCUUCAUCCUCAUGGAGAACGUCGUGCUCGAGAAGAUGCGUUCAAUGAUCGGCUGGAAGUGCGGCGACUCCAUACUGGCACCAGGGGGUUCGGUGUCGAACCUGUACGCGUUCCUGGCGGCGCGUCACCAUAAGUUCCCGCAGUACAAGGAAAAGGGUCUGUCCAGCAUCCCCGGACAUCUCGUCAUGUUCACCUCCGAUCAGUGUCACUACUCGGUGAAGUCGUGUGCGUCUGUGUGCGGUCUGGGCACCGACUACUGCGUGUGUGUGCCGUCGGAUGAGCGCGGUCGCAUGCUGCCCGCGGAGCUUGAGCGUCUCGUGCGCUACCACAAGGAUCGUGGCAACGUACCAUUCUUCGUAAAUGCGACAUCCGGGACGACUGUGCUUGGCGCUUUCGACCCCCUCAUCGAGAUUGCUGACAUCUGUCAGAAAUAUGACAUGUGGAUGCAUGUUGAUGCUGCUUGGGGAGGUGGACUGCUGUUCUCUAAGAAGUACCGUCAUCCUCGUCUUACUGGCAUUGAACGAGCAAACUCGGUGACCUGGAACCCACAUAAGCUGAUGGGCACACUCCUGCAGUGCUCCACCGUGCACUUCAGACAUGAGGGCAUCCUUCUGAGCUGCAAUGAAAUGGCGGCGGAGUAUCUGUUCAUGACGGACAAGAUCUACGACCCGCGCUAUGACACCGGUGACAAGGUCAUCCAGUGCGGCAGACAUAAUGACAUCUUCAAGCUUUGGCUGCAGUGGAGGGGCAAGGGUACCUCUGGUUUCGAGCGUCUCAUGGACCGUCUGAUGGAGCUGUCGGAGUACAUGGUGCGGCGCAUCCGCGAGCAACCCGACAAGUUCUACCUCAUCCUGGAGCCGGAGAUGGUGAACGUGUCCUUCUGGUACCUGCCCAAGCAGCUGCGCGGCCUCCCUCAUAACCGGGACAAGGAGAUCAAGCUAGGCAAGGUGUGCGCGAAGCUGAAGGGUCGCAUGAUGCAGUCGGGCACGCUGAUGGUGGGCUACCAGCCGGACGACAGACGUCCCAACUUCUUCCGCAACAUCAUCUCCUCCGCGGCCGUCACUGAGCGCGACGUCGACUUCCUGCUCGCUGAGAUGGACCGCCUCGGACAGGACAUCGUUGUCGAUUAGGCACAUCACUACAUUUAUUAUCUGUACCGUUUUUUGCUAUCGGUUUUUAAUCUAUGUUACUUUUAUUCUUUGAUUAUUUUGUCUAUGACUGUCAUCUUAUUCUCUUAACUUUUUUUAAACAAAACAGGCGGGAAAAGUAAAAUAUAUAUGGAUUAUUGCUUCUUCGUGUUAUAUCUAAUUAAAGUCGUGCAUUUAAAAUAAACGACUAUAGUUUUUUUAGACUAUAACAAUUCAUAAAUAAAAUUGUUACUAGAAUUGUUUGAGAUGCUCAAUCGUAUUUUCUCCUUGUACGAAUGUUAGACCCAUGAUAAUAUUAUUUAUCUAUUUUAUAAACUUUAGAACAUAUAUUAAUUAGAAAAUUUACACUGUUUAGCGAGAAUUUCAUAUUCUUAAUAAAGCAAUAUUUUCGAAUCUCAACGCGGUAUUUUCAUACUAGGCUUUACGUAGAUUUAUAACUUCAUCACUAUGUAACCUCUUUAAUCACUCAUGGUGUCCUAAAUCAUUAAUUUACGAUCACGUACUGUGCCUAAGUAUUACUCCCUUGUUAAAUUUCAUUUAUUUUGUUAAAUUGUUUUGUUAAAUAUUAUAAUUAAUUUAUAAAUGCCUAAUAUUGACUUAGUCAGUUGUCCGCAAGAGAGCAGCCGUCUAUUUAAUGUCUAUAUCUCGUUAUAUUUAUUGUCGUCUAACUGUGUAGACUUACAUUGAUUGUGAAAGUGUAUUUUCAAUUAACAUACAUUUUUCAAAGUUCAGCACAACACGUUUAAUAACGACUGAACUUUGUUAAACGUAUAUUUUGAAUGUUAUAAUCGUGUUUAAAUGUUAAUUAGAAAUAUCGUGAAUACUUUAAGUGAUGAUGAUGAUGGAA